AUGGCAAGAAAACAUCCAGCUAAGGGCACUUUUCAGAGCAAGAAAUCUUCCAAGCAAACCGGCAUGGUGACGGGACAGUCGUUCAAGGCCAAUCUAAGCAGCAAGUUCAAAUAUCCAACGCGUGGUAUGUCCACCCUAGAGUCCCUUCCAGCCGAGAUCUGGAAUCAAAUCAUGGAUAAUAUCUUUCGAUUUGGCCGCAACGAGAUUUGUGAACCCGAUGGAGACAUCAUCACACCUCUUCACCAGAUCGGAGGCCUAAACUUUGCAUCCCAAUCCACCAAGUACCGCGUACAAAGCUACAUCUCUCGAAAAUAUGGCAAUCGGAAACUCAACCUUCUCCGACUUAUCAGCAGAGAUCCAACCCCUUCCAGCACACUGGCAUUUGCCGUUGGCAUUGGCCUUCUUAUCAACAGGCCAUUGAAGCGGGGCACUCGAUUUCUUCCGAUCCAAUAUGCUACCGAGCUCACUCAUGUGCUGAUAGACACCUUCAUUGAUUGGAAGUUGGAAUGCACUCGAGUCGUCGGAAAGCCCGCUGCAGGACAUCAAUCCCGUGCGUUCAAAAAACUCAUGAACGGAGCAGAAUGUGUCAUUGCGGCCAAGUGUCGCACUAUUUCUGACUAUGUGCACGAGGCGUGGUUUUCAUCCGAAUCUUGGGAGGAGAUUGAAAAGAUGCUGAUGAAUAAGAACCUGACCUGGAUGGUUGAUAUGCUUGCUCAGAGGAUUAACCGCCGAAAUUGA